GGAGAGGAGGGAGAGACAGCAGCGUUGUUUUAAUGUCGUUCCACUGUGAAGACGGACAGGUGAGGCUCACACCUGGAUGCAGCACCACGCCUGAAGCCUGAAGCGUGAAGCCAUGAAUUUUACAGCCGAGCAACAUCUUGUCAUUUUUCUGCUGCUACACAUGGAUAAGGACAAAACCCGGCAUCUAUAGACCGGGGAACAUCAACAUGCUAGAAAGCUGCUUCGUCAGGGGUGAAGAAAGGCAGGAAAUGCUGAAUGAUGGGAAACCGGCGGACGGCAGAAGAUGUCGGUGGUCGAAGCGCCACUGCAUCUUCGUUGUUCUGGUGUUUGUUGCAGUUUUCUUUUUCUACACCACAAACAUAAAUACAAUGGCGCCUGACUGGAACCCUAAAGCGUGGAUGCAAAAUUCCUCGAAGUGGUGGAGUAGAUUUAAAGGUGAAGGUGAAGUCUCACAGAUCAGGACCGAUACCAUCAGCACUAGCAGAUCUACAGAUGAGCCGGUUCAUGCUGCUACUGCCAACUUAUCUGUGUUCCAUCAAACUAAUAACAUCACAUCAGCACAGGAGGCAAACACGACCGCACAAAGCCUCAUCACUGCUGCUCCAGUGGUGGAAGUGCAGCCGAUAGCGGUUCCUUACGUUUCCCCUGGACCCUACGUGGUGGAGUACCCUUACAAGUACCACUUCACCAUAAAUGAGCCUCAGAAGUGCGAGCAGGAGAAGCCGUUCGUGGUACUCAUGGUUCCCGUGGCGCCUCACAACCGGCAGCACCGAGACGACAUCCGGAGCACGUGGGGAAGCGAGAGCUCGGUAUUGGACCGAGCAGUGAGGCUGUUUUUUAUUUUGGGGCUGACGGCCGGAGACGGAGCCGAGCAGAUCCGGGAUCAGUUGCUGCAGGAGAGCAACGAGCAUCACGACCUGAUCCAGGCCGACUUCCUCGACUGCUACAAGAACCUCACCAUCAAGACCAUGGUGAUGCUGGAGUGGCUGAACGCUCACUGCUCGGGCGCCUCGUAUGCCAUGAAGAUCGACUCGGACAUGUUUCUAAAUGUGCCCAAGCUGGUCGAAAUGCUGCUGAACGCUCCGAAGACCAACUACAUGACCGGACUGGUGGCGGCAGGAGGUCAAGUCCUGCGAGACCCAGCGUCCAAGUGGUUCCUCCCUGUGGAGCUUUACCCUCACGCCCAGUACCCUCGCUAUGCUCUGGGUCUGGGCUACAUUGUGUCUUUAGACCUCCCUGAGAAGCUGAUAGAAGCUUCCAGACAUUUGAAGGCUCUUUACAUUGAAGAUGUGUAUUUGGGGUUGUGCAUGCAGCACCUGGACAUCCCUCCGACCGACCCGCCCAGCGGGGCAUACUUCAAUGUGUUUCCUGUGCAAUACACCCGCUGUGCUUACUCCAGACUAGUGGCGACCACAGUUCACGCGGGCACCGAUCGAAUCUGGGUUUGGAAAGACUUUAAAAAGCCGGGACCAUACUGCUGAAAAACAGCUUAAUUUAAAGAGUAAUGUGUUUAAGAAAACCACAGCUGAAUUUUCUCAGCCCUACUUACCUCAUUUAUUCUAUUUUAUUUUAUUUUUUAAAUGAUGUUUUACUUCCUCAUUUCAAACUGUGAUUACAGAAAAUAUGUGUUUACUGCUUCCUUUUGAAUUUGAAGCGUGUUUCCUGUUGCAUUUCUUGCACUUGAAAAUGAAAAUAAAUAUUAUUCCAGACAUCAA